CUUGAGUUUAUUAUUUUCUUAAAUGGAUCAUGGUUGAAUUCAACUGCUUUGAUAUUAUAAACCAUGAAAGCAGCCAAAUUUGGAUACCAGGGACCUAAGAUAGGCAUGAAUCAGAAAAACCGGAAGGCUCAUCAGCCAGUUCUUCAUUCACCUUUCCUUCUUCAAUUCCUGUAAAUAAUAUCUCGAAUCUAAGACCCUUUGAAUCUUAGAAGUAGAAUCCAUCUCCAACAUGACUUCAAGAUCCUUCCCUCCAGCUCCAAGUCACAAUUUUUUCACCAAGAACAUGGUUCUUUUCCUGGCUCUCACAAUCUCAGCGUCUCUUGUUAUUUUCUGCUCAAUACUUUACUUUCUAUACCAUGUCUGGUACUCUGUUGUACAUAGAGCUAAAACGAUCCCAUUUGAUGCAAAUUCUCCUUUGAAGCUCCAAAGAUUCUCAGACAAAGAGCUCAAGCAAGCCACCAAUGGCUUUCACACUGAAAACGUCAUAGGCAAAGGUGGGUCUAGCACAGUUUUUAAAGGAAAGCUUAAAGAUGGGAAAUUUAUUGCUAUUAAGCGUCUAGAUGCUUUGUGUUUACAAACAGAGCAAGAGUUUCAGAAUGAGCUUCAGAUUCUUGGUGGAUUAACAUCCCCUUUCCUAUCGACCCUACUGGGAUAUUGUAUGGAGGACAACCGGAGAGCUUUGGUGUUUGAAUAUAUGCCUAAGAGAAGCUUGCAGGAGUCUCUCUUUGGAGAAAAUGUCUGUUUCAGUUUAAGCUGGGAAACAAGGUUUUUUGUAAUAUUGGAUGUUUCUAGAGCUUUGGAAUUCCUGCACCUUGAAUGUGAUCCUCCAGUGAUUCAUGGGGAUAUUAAGCCAAGCAAUGUUCUACUUGAUGAAGAUUACCAUGCAAAGAUCUCGGAUUUUGGAUUGUCAAGGAUUAAAGUGGAGGAUGGUGAAUUUAGUAGGAAUUUCUGUGAUAAGAGUCGGGACCUAUGGAAGAGCCAAGAGUUUUCAGGUAAUUUAACUGCAGAAAGCCCAGCCACUGAUACUUUGCAGGCAUCUCCUUCAUCCAAGUAUAGUAAAGCAGGUUAUAAUGUUGGAGCUUUGAACUUGGAUUCGGUGAAUUCUAGUGCCUUCAUCAGUGAAAAUGAAGUGAGGACAAGUGCUGUCAAGGGGAAGGAAAUCUCAAGUUUGUACAUUGGUGGGGACGAUUGGGAUAACAACUUUGUUCCUUAUGAUGGUGACUUUUCCAGCAUUGAUCAUGGUAAGGAGUUAAAUGUUAAUGCUUCAUCAGUAGAUGAAGAAAAGCCAGGUGAAAAACCAUGGGGUAAAGAUUGGUGGUGGAGGCAGGAUGAAAGUUCAGAAUUAUGCAGUAAAGAUUAUGUCAUGGAGUGGAUAGGGAGUCAGAUUUAUCCACCAAACACUAAUUGGGAUGAAGAGAAGAACAUCCCUGAGAAAACAGAACUGGAAAAUCCAAAUCCAACAGAUAAACCCGAUGAUGUAAAUGGAUCACAAUUUCAAGCAAUGAGCACAAAAGAUGCUGACACUGGCGCUGCUGAGAACAAAGAAUCAGUGGAAAAGAAAUAUCAUAAGAAGCAUAGGAAGAUGCAAGAGUUGUGGAAAGAAGAGAAUCUGGCAGAAUUAAGCAAGAACAGAGGCAACCUGAAAAAUUUACAGACUAAGUUGAAGAAGUUUAAAGUACGACAUUUUGAUUUGGGUAAAAGGUUUUAUUUCUUCAGAUGUAAAAAACUUGGAAGGGAGGAUCAGAAUGGCUAUGAUCAAAAUGGGGAGUUCAGUUUCAGAAGAGGUUGGAAAGAGAAAGGAAGCAGUCCUUCCAUUGGGAGCGAGAUGCGAAGCGGAGAUCUUUUCAGCAGCACAGCCAGCAUGAGAGGGACGCUGAGCUAUGCUGCUCCAGAAUAUGGUGGAUUUGAUGGCUUCUCAACGGAGAAGACUGACAUUUACAGUUUAGGAGUAUUGAUCCUUGUGAUUGUUUCAGGAAGAAGACCAUUACAUAUUCCUUUAUCCCCACUGAAGCUUGAGAAAGCCAAUCUAGUAAGCUGGUGUAAGCAAUUGGCACAAUCUGGUAACAUUUUAGAGCUUGUAGAUGAGAGGUUGAAAGAAGAUUACAACAAAGAGCAAGCAAGCUUGUGCAUCAACAUGGCACUUUCUUGCUUACAGAAAGAUCCAGAAUUGAGGCCAGAUAUUGGGGAUAUUGUUAAGAAUCUGAAGGGGUUAUGGUUUAUGAAUCAUGAAGAAGACAAAAAGGUACUGCAGAAUAGGUUUUUUAUGUUAAUAUUUUUUUGUUAGGCUUCAUUUUACUGUUUGUUUCAUCUUGUGCUGAGUUUGAAUGCACCUGUAGCGUUGAAAUGUAUGUUAAAUGUAUACUAGAUGACUUUCUUGGUGCUUUGUAAUGGCUUGAUAUAUGAUGGUAUUGAUGGUAGUCACUUUUGGUUUGUGCUUGCUGAAUGGUCAUGGUCUCAUGAAGUUAUGGACCAAUCAAGUCUAAAUCACAUGACAAAGUCAAUCAUUACCAGGACAACACUAAG